GGGCGCGCGCGGGGGCGCGCCGGGCCGGGGAGGCGCGCUCCGGCCGCGCUCGCUCCGCGCUCCCUUCGCUCGCUCCCUCCUCCCUCGGCAGCCGCGGCGGCAGCAGGAGAAGGCGGCGGCGGCGGCUGGGGAUCAGACAUGGCGGCGGAUCUGAACCUGGAGUGGAUCUGCUCCCUGCCCCGGUCCUGGACUUACGGGAUCACCAGGGGCGGCCGAGUCUUCUUCAUCAACGAGGAGGCGAAGAGCACCACCUGGCUGCACCCCGUCACCGGCGAGGCCGUGGUCACCGGACACCGGCGGCAGAGCACAGAUUUGCCUACUGGCUGGGAAGAAGCAUAUACUUUUGAAGGUGCAAGAUACUAUAUAAAAUGGUGAUACAUUCUGUGAAGUGUACAUCAUGCUUUGACCAGAUAUAUGGAGCGGACUUGGCCCAGUAUGAGGGUUACUGGAAGAGGACUUUCUCACAAAUCAGAGAAAUAAGCCUGCCUCUGAAAGUUCAGCAGUGAAAUUCCCAGAGUGGAUCAGAACAAAGCAGCACAAAAUCAUCUGAAAAAGGAAAAAUAAAUAGCAUCUUGGGCUUGAGACUGGACCAUAACCUGAGUGAAAGUUUUGCCCUGUCUGAAGACUUGGGGUGGAUUGGUGUGGUAUAGAAAUUGAGUAAAAGGAGAAAAACUACGGAAGGGCAAGUCUUCAGCAACUGGUUUUGAUUGUUAUUUUAGUCCCAAUGACAGGGUCUUCCAAUCACUUGUUCACGGAUACAUUCUUUCUUGCGAUUCUCUUCAGCACAUUUUGAACUCCUAAAUGUGCCUUAGUGAUUAAGAUCUAUCACUAAACAAAAUAGACCAGAACACUAUCUUUCUGAGGAGCAGGGUGGGGGGCGGGGUGCAGAAUGUCAGACAAAGUAAGCAUUAGUAAAUAAAUUUUAGAGUGUGUGAUAAUAUGCAAAUGCUGUAAGACAAAAAUAGGGCAAGGUUUGGUCAUCAGGAGAGCAAUGAUGAGGAAUGAAUGUGGGAAGAAAGCUGAAAUCAGAGAGGUGACGGGUUAGACGGGGGCCUCAUUGGUUGGUGUCACUGCAGGCUGAGUAGAGGAGGCACAUGAUCCGGUAUUACCCUUUGAAAGGGUCACUUUGCUGUGUUUAUGAGAUUUGGAAGAGCUAACAGAGCCCUUCCAGAGGAAGUUCUCUUCCACGUGAGAUUUUUCUCCUUAUAUUUUUCUUUCUUAGCAUUUAACGAGAUUAUGCUUAAAUAUUGAAUUGCAUAAUUACUGUUUCUUUUAAGCUGCUUGAUGAUCAGUUACCGUUAAUUUAAUAGCAGCUUUUGGGGGGGGGGGAAGGGAGCAUCAUGGCCAUAUUAAAUAAACCUCUCCAUCCUUAUUUCAGAGACAGUAUAUUUAAAAAGUACAUGUUAGAAUCAAGGCAACGCUUGUUUAAUGCCUACUUGCUCACACUGUGUAUGUAUGGUAGGUAAGAUUCAUGAAAAGCAGUCUUGUUCUUCAUGAAAAGCAGUCUUGUUCAUUGCUGUAUUUUUAGUCCCUCAGCCUAAGCUUUUCUCAUAGUAGGUCUUCAAUAAAUAUUUGUUGAUUUAAUGAGUUUUGAUGACAGCCAACUUAAUUCCAUGCUUAUUAGAAACCUUAAAAUUUGCCUCCUUGUGAAAUUAAAUACUCUCUUCAUGUGACAUUUAUUUAUCCUAUAUGAAUUAGUAAAUCAUCCGUUUGUCAAGUUUGCUGUAUGUGAUUCUUUGUGAGACAGAAAGGAUCUGCCUAGAGGCCUGAUUGUAGGACCUGAUCCAUGACUAUGCCAAGAUAAUGCAGGGACCUGAGAGGCCUCUUGGGAGACAGCUGAAAUCCAGACCUUACCAACUGCCAUGACAUUUCCAUUUAGAAACGUUCACAUCAGGCUGCUGUGGCUUUUAGAACACAAGGGAGACUUUGAAGUCCAUACUGUUGUGAAUAGCAUGGGUAAAGUGAAUGUAGACCAGUCUUUAAUAUACUGAAAUCAGUGGGUCCUAUAGAAACCUGAGAGAAAUAGAAAGUAGUGCUCAUGAGGUACAGAUGAUAGAAGUUUUAGAGCCAGUUGGGGAACUGUGUGGCCAUUUGGCAGUAGCCUCUGAGCUAUUUGGGAAUUAUUCUCUGAAGUGGCCAGCAACUUCAGAAGCACUUAACUCUUUGAAGUCAUAAUAAUCUUUAUGUUUUCCACAUCCGGCACAUAAUAGGCAAUUAGAUGUUUGAAAUGAAGACCUAUUACAGAUUGUAAGAAAAGAAAGUUUUUACCCAAAUCUGAACAUCCUAGGGCAUUUUUCUGCUUUCCACUUGUCAUCCAGUCAGCAUUCUUACUGUGGCAAAUAUCAGUGACCCUAAGCCAAUGGUAUAUGCAAAAACAGAACUGUUUUUCCACAUUAAUUCCAGGAGGCAUACAAAUGAAUUCUUCAAGGCUCUUACCUUUUUUCACUUUAGACAGCUUAUUUCCAGCCCCAAGUAAUACCAUUUUAGUUUUUAAGUCCAAAAGGUAAGUUUUCUUUUCCAUACUCAAAUAAAAAAAAUCUUAGACAGGACUUUGACCACCUUGAAUCACAGCAAGGACUGACCCUCUGGUCUUCAGCAAUUUUCUGUCCUUGGCUGCAGCCAAAAUUACUAUUGGCAAACCUUCCAGAAACCAUGUGAUUGGAAAGGUCUAGUUCACCAUAGGAAGCAAGGGUGUGAAAGACUACAAGAUCAGAGGUCUGCUGCUCCUCCCUUAUAAUAUAGUACAAUGUGCCUAAGGCCAGGAAGAUGGUGAACCUGAACAUCUGCAGAAUUUCAAGAAGUGAUAGUAUCACUGAUCUUCAAGGAAGCUUUGUAUAGUACCUUGCAGAGUGACCAGCCCUAGAUCUGGGACAGUGGAGCAGAAGGGUUGAAUUCUGGAGAAGAAACUAUGAAAUCAAUCUUAAACUGGCUGUUGUGAGCAAAGGAGAUGGAAGAAAUCAACUUUGAUUUAGUACAAGUAGCAGUAGACCCCCAGUGUGAUCAAAACUCUACCUUGCUGUGGUAGGCCAGUGAUUCCAUCUGGUUCUUCUGAAGUUACUGGCCACUGCUGAGACUCAUUGCCAAAUAGUACCAGUGCCUGAGUAAUGCUACCAAAACUUGCUUGCUACAUAUCUCCUAUUUCUUCUAAUUUCCAAAAGAGUUAGAUUCUUUACACAUUUUUCCUCUGAGAUGAAAAAUAGUUCUAGUCUUCACACUGAGUUCACUCCAACAGCUUUUGCUAAACUUGGUUGAAGGUGCAUAUAAUACCCAUUUUAUUAAAUAUUUAUUUAUAAAGCUGUUCAAACUAAAAUUUAAAACACAGUGAAGUAGAACAGUAUAGCAGAGUCUUGAAAUGAACUCCUUGCCCAGCUUCAUAGUACAAAACGAUGAUAGAGGGAAAGUAACAUGUUAAAUUUAGUCAGUUUUUUUUUCCUCUGUUGAAAAUGAAUCUUUUAUGCUACACUUAUUUUUUUUUAAAUUUUUUAAUGUUUAUAUUUGAAAGAGAGUGCGUGAGUGGGAGAGGGGCAGAGAGAGACUAAGAAUCUGAAUCGGGUGAGAGGCUCUGAGCUGUCAGCCCAGAGCCCAGUGCGGGGCCCCGAACCCAUGACCUGUGAAAUAAUGACCUGAGCCGAAGUCAGAUGCUCAACCGACAGAGCUGAGCACUCAGGCGCUCCUGUAUUACAUUUAUUUUGAAAAAUUUGUUCAAUCCCAGAAAUAUAGAUGCAUUGUAAUAAAUAAUUCAUUUAAAAUAAUUCACUAGGAGUGCCUGAGUGGCUCAGUCGGUUGGGCACCCAACUCUGAUUUCGGCUCAGGUCAUGAUCUCACGGUCAUGAAAUGCAACCCCCUGUAGGCCUCAGAGCCUGGUGUGGAGCCUGCUUAGGAUUUUCUCUCUCCCUCUCCCCCUCCUUGCUCACAUGCAUGCACUCUCUCAAAAAAUAAUGAUUCCAAGUCAAGUAAGAAUCUAUAUUUAAUGUGUGUACUUUUUUCUCAACCUGUUUUUUUUUUUUAAUUUUUAAUGUUUAUUUUUGAGAGAGAGAGUGCGCAUACGUAUGUGUGAGUGCGCAAAAGCAGGGGAGGGGCAGAGAGAGGAAGACAGAAUCCGAAGCAGGCUCCAGGUUCUGAGCUGUCAACACAGCCUGACGCGAGGCUCAAACUCCAGAACCGCGAGAUCGUGACCCGAGCAGAAGUCGGACGCUUAACCGACUGAGCCGACCAAGUGCCCCUUCCCAACCUUUUAUAUAAUGUUUUUUUUUUCCUGAUUAUAGAAGUAAUGUAUUUUUUAAAUAAAAACAUUUGGGAAAUACUAAAGAAUAUGGAGAAAAUAAAAAAUCAAUCCUGUUGUGCCAAGAGAAUUUGUUAAUGUUUCAGUAUAUAUGCAUACACAUGUGUUUUUUUAAAGUUUUGGGUCUUAUUGCUAAUAUUGUGUUGAAUACUAUUUUCAUUAGGUUUAUUGUGUGUUAUACUCAUGAGAAGAUUUUUAAAUAACUCUGAUAUUCUGUCUUGUGAGCAUAUAAUUGUUUAAAUACUUCUCUAUUUUUAGAUGGCUAUGUUUUCUACUUUUUUGUGGUGAGAAAAUUCUAUGUAACAUUCUUAUAAUGCAUGUCUAUUUCCUAGACUUGGAAUUAUUUGGAAAGGAUAUGACCUUUUUAAAAGCUUCACUACCUUAACAUUUUGCCAAAUUGCUCUCUAGAAGAUUUGUGUACAUUUAUGUUCUCUCCUGCAGUAUCUGAGAGUACUUGAAAGUGCCCCCAUUUCUGUAAUAAACACUCUUGAUUGGACAGGUGAAGUUUAAAGGUAACUGAUAGAGAAUCUACAUGGAUUGUUGCUAGUGAUGCAGAUGGUUUAGAACAGGGAUUAGUCUUCCAGUUACCUGUUGCCACAUAAUCAACUACCUCAAAUCUUAGUGGCUUAAAACAAUAGUGAUUUAUAGUUUUUUCCCUUUCUUUGGGUUGACUGAGUUCAGCUAGGCCAUUCCUCUGUUCUUUGUGGUAAAACUGAGGUUAUUCAUACAGAUACAUUCAGCUGGCACUUGGCCAUGGCUGGAAUAUCCAGUGUGUCUUGUCUCAUGGCCUCUCAUCACUUCGUGCUCUAUGUACAGUUUCUUUGUAACAAGGCAGCUGACUUCUAAGGGGGAACAUUCUAAGAGGACAAACCCUAGUGCAGAGCACUUAUAAAUCCUUUGCUCACAUUGUACUUGCUUAUGUCCUAUUGAUCAAAGCAAGUCACAAACUAAGGCCAAAAUCAAAAGUGGGAGAGGACUACACAAGCCUGUGAAUACCAGAGAUGGGAAAUAAGUUGCAACUCGAAUUGCUUAGCAAUAGCAGUUUGGAGCACUGUAUUCAGAAGAAUUUGGAGACCAGCUUCUGGAUCAGUAGAAAAGCAUAUGGUGAUGAGCUAGUGAUGUUUGUGAGGGUUUAAAUGAUGAUGUGGGUAUACUGGUUGUACUUACCGUACUUUAAUGUCUGUGAAUGUAUACCAUAAAGCCACAAACCUAAAAAAAAAAACCUAAAGCAAUCCAUGAGCUUGUAUGUAAGCCCAAAUAGUUAAAAAAUAUUUGAGUACUUGAGUAAAAUGAGUCUUAACCUUUUGUUCGUCCUGGUUUCAUGUUGGCAGUUAAUAACAGUUGGUGUAGAAUAAAAUAUCAAUGAUAGAUAGUCUCACCUAUGUAUGCAUUUGCAUGUGUAUUUGUGUGGGGAGAGAUUUUAAGUGCUGGACUGAGUUGUCAACUUGACCUUUGGAUCAACUCAUGUGAUUUAAACAGUAAUUAUCAGUGGCAGUAUUUCUGAGUAGGCACUAUAACACUGCAUUCAAAGGAAGACUUAAAGGAAAAUAUUAUUAUUCCAUACUAUAUAUACUGUCUUUUCUCUGCAUUCACGUGUGUGUGUGUGUAAACAAAAUUGAGAUUGUACUUAAAAACUGAGAUUAAACUAUGUAGUUUUUAUUUAAUAUGUCUUUUCAUAUUAGUAGUUAUAAGUCAAUUUCAGGAGCUACAAAAUACGCUUUGAUUAUUUAGGCAUACCUCUAUUAUUGGACAUUUAGCUUUAAAAAUUUUUUUCCAAUUUCUAAAAGUGUGUAGUGAACAUACUCCUACAUAAACUUUGUGGUCAUUUGCAAAUAUUUUUAGAAAAUGUUUGUCAGAUAUAGAAUUGCUGGCUUAGGCUAUAUGUGUAUUUUAGCUUUUGGUAAAUGUAAAAUCCUGCUCUCCACCAUAAAUGGAGUCUAAAAAUAUUGAAAUUAUUAAAAUGCCUACUUACAAGAUUAAUGAAAACAUUAUUUCUCGCUAAGACCAUGGAGUCACACACACACAAAAAAGUAGAAAAGUGAUAAAAAGCGAUGCAUUGUGCAAAAGUGACUGUGUAAUGAGUCAGAGAGCCCCAGAUCACAGUACAUUCAAUUCCUGAAUUCGUUUGGGAAUUGGAGUUGGGCCACCUAUUGGAACCAUUUGAUAGACACAUUCAUGGUUUUACUGUUUGUGGUUUACACUUAGUCCAGCUGUCUUCCAAAAAAUCUUUUCCAUUUUAUCCUUGAACCAGGCAGUGUUUGGAGUUAUCCUCUUUUGUAUUCUUGCCAGCACUUGGUAUUCCCAGACUUAAGUUUUGGCUAAUGUCAUGGACAAAAAUUGUACCUUGUUUGAAUUUGCACGUUCUUGGUUUUGGCUAUGCUUGGCAUCUUUUUUCCUAUCUGUUGCCAGUUUGAAUGUCUUUGUGAAUUGUCUCUUCCAUAUAUUUUCUGUUUUUCUGUUCUGUCAGAGAUUUGUAUUUUUGAUGCCUGAGCCAUUUAGCUUAGUAGAGAUCUCCAAAGUAUUUUUGGUUUUGUAACCCUACAGGUGAAAAGUUUUUGAUUAUACACCCCCAUUUCAUGUGUAUUUAUAAAUUAUGUACAUCUAUUGCUGUCAGUUCAUGUGUUACAUAUUAGUAAAGCUUACUUUUUCUUAUUUUAUCAUGAUUUAAAAGUUCAUGUAUGUAUGGGUGCUAAAUAUGGUUUGCCACAACCCAAUGGAAAGUCUUGUGUGCAUUCACCUAGAAAACCACGAGUUUAGAGCUAUGAUUUAGGCUCUUUAUCAGCCACUUAGAUUUGCUAAGAGGAAUGUGCUCUCUGUGCCACAGUGUACAUAAUUUGUAAGUCUGUGGGCACUGAGUACUCUAGUAAAGUAGAAAGUAGCCAUGGGUCAGACAUUGGUUCUGUUACUUCUUUUUUUUUUUUUUAAUUAAAUUUUUUUUUAAUGUUUAUUUAUUUUUGAGAGAGAAAGACAGAGCAUGAGUGGGGAAGGGGCAGAGAGAGAGAGAGAGGGAGGCACAGAAUCUGAAACUGGCUCCAGGCUCUUAGCUGUUAGUAGAGAGCCCGACACGGGGUUUGUACUCGGAAACGGCAAGAUCAUGACCUGAGCUGAAGUUGGUCGCUUAACCGACUAAGCCACCCAGGUGCCCCUUUAAUUUUUUUUUUAAUGUUUAUUUAAUUUUUUUGAGAGACAGAGUCGGGGAGGGGCAGAGAGAGAGGGAGACGCAUAAUCACAAACAGGCUCCAGGCUCUGAGCUCAGCACAGAGCCCAAUGCGGGGCUCGAACUCACAAACUGGGAGACCAUGACCUGAGCUGAAAUCAGACGCCCAACCGACUGAGCUACCCAGGCACCCCUGGUUCUGUUACUUCUAUUGACCAUAUCACUUUGAGAAUAUGUCUUAGUCCUGUUAUGUACCAGUUUCUUUUUGUCUUGACUAUUAUAUAGGCUUACGAUGUUAUGAGUUAAUUUAUAUAAACAAACUCUGAAAAACUGUGAAACAUGGUGUAGGUAUGAAAUACCUGAGUAUUUAUUUAUUUUUAAAAUUUUAAUUCACCUGAGUAUUUGUUUUGCAAGUUCAUAACAUUGGGUAAAAAGAAUUCAUUUCAAUGUUAUUUAUGCUGGAAAACAGCUUAAGAAUCAGGGCUACUAAUAGUGGUUCUGAAACAU